AGUUAAGCGUUGCCUACAUUCACGGCAUGAGGCGUGCAUAUUGUUUAGUUAAUUAAUUCUUUCGUUGUUUUGUUUUUUUUAAACGCCGAUUCGUGACGCAAAUAAGUCAAUGGAGCAACGCCAGAGAGAUGAUUGAAAAAUAAUUGCAAAACUUUGAUUCUGUCUUCCUUUUUUAAUUCCUCUCUCUACCUCUCUUGCUUUGAACAUAAGUUUCACCUGAAUAGCUGACUUGACAUUUCUCUGGCAAACCCCAAAAGCAUGUGUAGCACCAGCUGUAGUUUGGAGGCAGAGGGUGUCCUAGGGGAAGCCGAGCCCCACCAGAGAGCAGCCCUGGCCAUCCAGAGAGCAUGGAGGAGACAUGUGGACACACGGGUCUACGCCUACUUGAAAGGGACGAUAAACUUCCGUUACCAUGGAGAUCCACGCGGGCUGCUCAAAUCCGUCAAUCCCCGGGAGGUAAGAUAGGAGCCAAUCAAAUCAAUGAAAAAUCUGUCAGGAAGUUGAAUCAACUCAUCAAAUAUUCACGGCUGCUCUGCUGGAUGCUGCUGCGGGGGUGUACAUCCGAUUCCGUCUCGGUGGGGUUCCCUCCUAGCAUCUACUAUAAAAUCUUCACCCACCGACCCAUUGUGGACAUGUGCGCCAACAGCCCCAAGGACUACACCCUCCCAGGCCAUAAGUGUCCCGUGCCCAGGCAGACACACAAUGGCCUGCCCCUGAUCCCGGAGAACCGGUCCACAUGGUACCGCAGGGUGGAGAACAAUGGCUGGCGGCUGCUCUCCGGUAAGCUGGGACCCCUGUGUAACCCCGUGGAGCUCGACGCUGAUAAAAAGAUGGAGUUCCACCAUUGCAAGCUGCAACGGCGGCGGGAUUUAGAGCAGAGGAGAAGAAAGAGGAAGAUAGAAUGGAUGAGGCAGAUGUACAACCACGGUAGGCACCUGCAGGCACCUGCAGUGGAUCCAGAAGAGGCUGUCUUGGUGGAGAGGUCUUUGCAGGGAAUGAUCCAGGACGUGGAGCGAUGCGGAACAGCCAAUCACAGCUCAGACUGGGAGGUGGACGAGCUCCAGGAGUGGACCACCGUGCUCAACUUUGAAGAUUACAUGACUGAGUGGACAAGCUUGGCGCUCAGUCAUUCUUCGGAACACUUCAUAGCACCACAGCAGCGUUUCCCUCAUCUCCAUCGAAGAAAUAUAUGUGUAAAUAGUCAAGCUGGAUCUAGUUUCGAAGAUGGAGACUAAACCAUGUAUGUGUGGCCGAAACCAAUAAAGCAGAACGGUCAACUAA